GAGGAUUUGCUGCUAAUGUUGACAACACUUCGCAUGUAGAAAUAAUUCUGGCAGAGCAACGGGGCUCAGCAGUGAAUGUGCUGCAGGAGGUUGCGAGAGGCCACAACAGACAAGGAUGGUGAACACAUCCCGUGCAUCAAAACAUGGGUAGCUGACCUGUUCUUUGGCAUUUUGAUAGUCCUCAGUUCCAUCUUGCUGGGCGUUGACAUUGAACUAAGCCUGCAACAGAUUGACGAAUGGAGGGAUGCAAUUUUCUGGAUUCAGCUUGCCUUCUUGGCAAUGUUUGUUGUGGAGCUGAUCAUGCGUGUGUAUGUUGAUGGAUGCGCGUACUUUCUGUGGUUCUCGAACCUUUUGGACACUUUCAUCAUCGGUUGCUCAGUUGCGGAGUAUGUGGUGGUUGCUGCUGUUGGGGACGCUGUGGAGAUCAGCGCUUUAUCUCUAAUGAGGAUCUUUCGACUUCUUCGAAUUCUGAGGGUCAUAAGGCUCAUUCGAGUCUGUCCCAAGCUUUACAGGAUUUGCACAAGCUUGGUGGCGGCAGUCCGAGCAGUUUCCUGGGUGUUUUUGCUGCUUUUUGUCUUCAUGUACAUCUCAGCUCUAAGCUGCACAGUUUUGCUUUCAAAUUCGCAAGACUCUUUGAUACGUGAUAACUUUGGGGCUGUUUUCCCCAGCUUGUACAUUCACUUUGUCAUUUUGACAGUGGAGGGCUUUCCAGAACUUGUUGCAGCUAUUGCAGAGGAACACGGCUGGCUUUGGUACAUCUAUUUUUGCUGUUAUAUCCUCUUCACGAAUGUCAUGGUGAUGAACACAGUCACAGGCGUCAUCUGCCAAACUGUUGUGUCCCAGGGUAGCCAGGAUCCAGGAGCCAAGGCUCAGUGCUUCAAAGAGUUCGACAAACUAAAGGAGGUAGUUCUGGAUUGCAUGCUGCUGGAAGGACUGCGUUAUGAUGUCAAUGACGAAAUGAGCUUUGAGGUGUUCCAGCAGGUUAUGCGCAAUCCAGGGGUCCGAGCGUCUUUCGAUGCUGUCGAACUUUGUUUGGACCUUGAGGAAGAGCAGCUUUUCAACAUCUUGGAUGAAAACGGAGAUGGCAAAAUCAGCUUUGACGAGUUCUUCAUAAGCCUGUGGCGACUAAGAGGAAGCAAAGAAAGGCUUCACUCACUCUUGGUGCAGUCAGACAUUGUGCAAACGCACAAGCGCAUGGGAGAUCGAGUGGCACAAAUGUCCCAGGAUUUGCAAGACUGUAGCUCUCAUCAAUGUGAGCAGCUGCAGGAGGCCUUCUUGCGACGGUGUCGUGAUAUGGGCCAACGCCUAGAGGAGCACCUGCAAAGUCAAAGGAAACUUCGAAAGGAUGAACCUUGUGAGUUGGCCAAGAAGCAGCUGUCCGAGCUCCUCCAAACCACCAAGACAGCGACGACAACUGCACGCACGACGCUACUCAGAUUGGAGGAGGAGAUCUCAGCCAAGAGAUUGAAUAUAGCAGAGCUCAAGGUGCGGCUGCAUGAAAAGAUGAGAAAGCAGGAAUUAGACGACGAAGCUGCUACUGCAACGCCUACCAGCUCUCCUUCUAAGGGUUUUGAUGCAGUUUUUGAAGAGGCGCCCGAGUUUGAAGUGGCAUCAACUGGGAGCUAUCCCCAAAGGAUGUCAUCUGAAGCUCUGCAGUCACCAGGAGGCCAGUCUGAAAGCCCUUCUCCCAUGCGGCGCGAGCGUGAGCGCAUGGAAUCAAGACGGCGUCUUGAACAGAUGCAUCAGAGCCUGCGCACGCCAAAGCAGUCUGCAAAGCCAACAAACGAUAAACUGUUGUGGACGUUUCAAGGACAUGCUCAUGCAACGCGUAGCCUUGCAAAGGUGGAAACCUUUCUGCCACGUGCAGUACAUAUACUGUGUGCCGUUGGGAUGAACUCUUGUAGCCUGCCUCCCUGGACGCAAAAAUUGUCGCAAGUGUGCGCCAGGCAGCCACCUACGCUUCCAGCGAGUCUGAAUCAGACACCGGAAAAUCGGAACCUGGUGGCCGUGACCAACGUAAAUAGUUCUUUGAAGGUCGGUGGCCGGUGAUGUGCGGAGCAGGACUACCCUCUGGGGCAACUUGUCCCAGAGAUAGAUGGUCUUCUAAAUAGAAGCAGCCCUGCGCAUGCUGUUUGAGAAGUGGCAGCUGCACUGCCUUCAGUAGUUCUUGGC